AUGACUAUCAAGAGGUUUUCUUUUUUAUUGUCCCACCUUCACUUGAAUGAUGAUUCAAGAGAACCAAAAAGAAACGAGACGGGUUAUGAUAAACUUUAUAAAGUUAAACCGGUUUUGAACAUUCUUUAUGAAACAUACACGCAUUUUUACAAUCCGACUGUAAAUCAAUCAAUCGAUGAAAGCAUGAUCAAAUUCAAAGGCAGAAGUUCCAUGAAACAGUAUAUGCCAAUGAAUCCUAUAAAAAGAGGUUAUAAAGUUUGGGUCAAAGCUGAUGAAAAUGGGUACGUUUGUGAAUUUCAUAUCUACACUGGAAAAGUCGGAAACAAAACGGAGAAUCUUUUAGGUGAAAGAGUUGUAAAAGAUGUGAACCGUACCUUAGUGCACAAAAAAUACCGUAUAUUUUUUGACAAUUUCUUCACUACGGUGAACUUAAUGUCAAGUUUGCUAACUGAUUGGAUUUUUGCAUGUGGUACAGUUGGGAAAGACAGAAAAGACUUACCAAAAAAACAAUGUUCAGAAAAAAACAUGUCUUCUGGGGAAAGUCAAUUCCGAAAUUCAUAUAAGGGAGUUCGAUGUCUGAAAUGGAUUGUCAAGACAGCAAUCAGUUUCCUUUCCAACUACCAUGACUCGUCAGUCAUAUUACAAGUCACAAGAAGACAAAAAGACGGUUCUUUGAAAGUAGUUACUUUCCCGCAAAUGGCUAAAGAUUAUAACAGCUACAUGGGAUGCGUGGACAAAGCUGACAUGCUCUACGAAAUCAGUCGAAAAAGUAAGAAGUGGUUUCAUCGCUUAUUCUGGUAUUUUGUGGAUGUAACUAUAGUGAACGCUUUUAUUCUUUACAAACUGCUUUUUCCAGAAAAGACCUUUUUACUGAAGGACUUUCGACUGUCAGUAGUUGAUCAUAUGAUCGGAGUCCCAAAUCGUGCAAAAAGUGGAAGACCGGUUACAGAACCUUCUUUGAAACCAAAGAAACUAGGGCUCUAA